CGUGCCUGUGUUGUUGUAAACAAUGGUUAGGGGUUUUCUAGUUCAUUCAAGGAGUGGCCGAAAAGACUAACCGGUGAAUAGCGUGAAAAGGACCUUCAAAUCUACUGAGGCUAUCGGUGAACAGACAACAGAAGUGAAACCCUGUCAUCUACUCUUUUCAGGCCUAGUUGCCUUAAAAUGAGUCUCGAUGAAAGAGAAGAGGAUACACCAUCAUCUCCAGCAGCCAGCUGGGUCUCCAUGAGGACUGACAGAUCCAAUACAUAUCUUCCAACUUAUCUCGGCGACAGAGCAGUGACAUCUGAAGUCCGGGAGGACAGUAUUGAUCUGGAACUGGUUCAGUGCAAUGAUGAUGAUGAUGAUGAUGAGGAUGAAGUUGAAGAUGAUGAUUAUGUUCUGAAGAAAGUCAAAGACGUUUACAAGGCCAGCAUGAAGAACAAGAACAAAAAUAUAUUUGAGGGAAUCCAACAAGAGAAUCAAACCCUACUGAACAGUAUUUACACACAACUGUACAUCAUAGAGGGAGAGAGUGAAGGAGUGAAUGAAGAACAUGAGGUUUUACACAUGGAGAAAAAGGCCAGAACACAACACUCACAAGACACUCCAAUCUACUGCAAUGACAUCUUUAAAACCUUACCUGAACCAAGACAUAAAACACAGAUAAAAAGUAGGAAAGAAAAAAUCAAAUGCGUUCUUACUAAAGGCAUCGCUGGAAUCGGAAAAACCGUCUCUGUGCAGAAGUUUAUUCUGGAUUGGGCCGAGGGAACAGCCAAUCAGGAUGUAGAUUUCAUGUUUGUGCUUCCGUUUCGAGCGCUGAACUUGAUUAAAGAUGAUCAGUACAGUCUUCACAAACUUCUGCUCGACUUUCAUCCUGAACUUCAAGAUCUGCACCCAAAGAUUUUUGAGGAGCGUAAAGUUGUGUUCAUUUUCGAUGGUUUAGAUGAAAGCAGAAUCGAGCUGAAGUUUUUAGAGUCUGUGGAUAUUUUUAGUGUUACUCAGACAUCAUCAGUGGCUGUUUUGAUAGCAAACCUCAUGAAAGGAGAUCUGCUUCCCUCCGCUCAUAUCUGGAUCACCUCCAGACCAGCAGCAACCAAUCAGAUUCCUCCUGAAUACAUAAACCGUGUGACAGAAAUCCAGGGAUUCAAUGAUUCUCAGAAGAAGGAAUAUUUCAGGAAGAGAAUCAGUGAUGAACAUCAAGCCAGCAGAAUCAUCUCGCACAUUAAAACAUCAAGAAGCCUCCACAUCAUGUGUCACAUACCGGUCUUCUGUUGGAUCUCAGCCACUGUCCUUCAAAAAAUCCUGAAAGAAAAUGACAAAUCAGAAAUCCCUAAAACUCUGACUGAAAUGUACAUACACUUCCUAAACGUCCAAACAAAUGUGAGAAGUCAGAAGUAUGACGAGAGAGAUGAGAAAGAUCCAAAGAAACUUCUGCAGUCCAACAGAGAAGUGCUUCUGAAACUAUCUGAGCUGGCUUUCAAACAGCUGAUGAAGGGCAAUGUGAUGUUUUAUGAAGAGGACCUGAGAGAUUGUGGCAUUGAUGCCACUGAGGCAGUGAGAUAUUCUGGGAUUUGCACAGAGAUCUUUAAACAGGAAUCUGUGAUUUAUCAGAGGAAAGUUUACUGCUUCAUACAUCUGAGCUUUCAGGAGUUUCUUGCCGCAUUCUAUGUGUUUUACUCUUAUUUAAUAAACACAACCGAGACACUGAAGAUGUUUGAUUCACUUUAUAAUUUGCUUGAAGGAGCUGUAGAGAAAGCCCUGGAUUGUGAGAAUGGACACCUGGAUCUUUUCCUCAGAUUUCUGCUUGGUAUUUCCCUUGAGUCCAAUCAAAGAUUGUUGCAGGGUUUACUGCCACACACGGAAGAAAGCACAAAGAUCAUCCAGAAAGCUACUGCUUACAUCAAAAACAAAAUCAAAGAUGGAUAUGGUCUCUCAGCUGACAGAUCCAUCAAUCUGUUCCUUUGUCUGUUUGAAAUGAAUGAUCAGACUCUGUACAGAGAGAUUCGAGAGUUUCUAAAGUCUGAGAGAAACUCAAAAAAUCAAAUCUCUGCUGCACAUUGCUCGGCCAUAGCCUAUAUACUUCAGAUGUCAGAGGAGGUGAUGGAUGAGCUGGACCCCAAAAAGUACAACGCAUCUGAAGAGGGUCGAAGAAACCUGUUACCAGCUCUGAGAAACUGCAGGAAAGCAUUGUUCGCUGACUGUAAUCUUACAGAUCAAUCUUGUGAAAUAGUGGCUUCAGCAUUACGUUCAUCAAACUCUCGGCUGAGAGAACUGGACCUGAGUAACAAUGACCUCCAGGAUUCAGGAGUAAAGAUCCUCUGUACUGGACUAGAGAGUCCACACUGUAAACUGAAGAUACUGAAAUUGUCUGGCUGUUUAGUGACAGAAGAAGGCUGUUGUUUUUUGGCCUCAGCUUUGAGAUCAAACCCAUCUCAUCUGAUCGAGUUGGAUCUGAGCUACAAUCAUCCUGGAGACUCAGGAGUCCAGAUGCUGUCUGCUUUACUGAGAGAUCCACACUGCAGACUGGACAAACUCAAUUUGGACUUUGGAGGACCCUGUAGAAUCACACCAGGAUUACAAAAAUACCCAUGUGAUCUUUCCCUGGACCCAAACACAGCACACAAUCUCCUUGUUCUGUCUGAAGGGAACAAAAAGGUGACCUGUGUUGAAGAGGAGCAGUCGUACCCCGAUCAUCCCGAGAGAUUUUGGCUCUUCGAGCAGGUUCUGUGUAAGGAGAGUCUGUCUGAACGCUGUUAUUGGGAAGUGGAGUGGGAUGGCUGGAGUCACAUAUCGGUAUCAUAUAAAGGAAUCAGAAGGAACGGCGGCACUUUCUGUAGGUUUGGAUUGAAUGAGAUAUCCUGGAAUCUUUACUGCUGUGAUAGCCUUUACUCCGCCUGGCACAAUUAUGAGACCACUGAUAUACCGGCCCUUUCACCACCCUGCAACAAAGUAGGAGUGUAUGUGGAUUGGCGGGCCGGGACUCUGUCCUUUUACGCCGUCUCUGACACGCACGCACUCACACACUUACACACAUUUCACUCCAAAUUCACUGAGCCCCUCUAUGCUGGAUUUGGACUAUAUGAUGGCUCCACGGUGUCUCUGUGUUAAUUACCCAAUUCUGGGAAUGUGUCAGUAAAAAAGUUAAAGGAACAGUAUGUAGGAUUGUGGCCAAAACUGGUACUGCAAUCACAAAACUUGUGGCUAAAACUGGUACUGCAAUCACACAACUGGUGGCCAAUACACAACAUGACAACAUAAACAUCAGUUGAGGGCUGCAACUCCACUUUUUAAAUGACAAUAUCCUGGACCAACCACUGUUGUCAGUGAUAUAAGUAUUUGAAAUGAAAAUGAUUUCUUAAUGUCUAGUAACAUAUCAGGGCCAUUUUGUGAAUUAUUGAUAUAAAUUUCUUACAUAAUGUUCCUUUAACUAUAAAAAAAGUAAAAACUGUUUGUGUGGAAGAGGAUCAGAUGUUACGAUCUGUGGCAGAGAGUAGAUGAAGUUUUGACCUAUUACCCUUCAAACUGUCUGAAAAUCCUCUAAACUCCAAUAUGUCCCAAAAAGUUUUUACACUCGCGUUUACAGGUUGAUAGAAGCACUGAGGGCCCAGUUAUAGCACUUAAACAUGAAAAAGUCAGAUCAAGUCAGGUGCACAGGUUUUUAUUACGUCAAACAAAGAACCAAAUUUUGUUGUCCACUUGUGAGAAGUUUGCUUCGUUUUAAAUUUUCAUUCUACAUAAACAUACCUAGCCUGGUCUAGAACGGCAUGUUUGAACUUUCAAAGUGAAAUCAUAAAGAGAAACCAAUAAAUGACAGGGCUAGCGUGCUUAAAACAACUUCACUACUUCUAUGGAGUUAUUUUAACUUCAAAACGAAUGAUCAUGCAUUACUGCACAGUUUUUAGGAGAGACGUAAUCUUGUGGUUUACAGAUGGAAGAGUUGGAUAUUGAUGACUAUUGUAGUUACUAAUACUGCUUACCAAGCAAAAUGCACAAAAUAAUUUCUAUCAUUUCUAUUAAAUAUUAAAUCAGGUUAUUAAAAUGAACAUACAGUAGUUAAAUGAUGUUUUUAUAUUGUGUAUGCACAACACUGGAAUAAGAACAAUUGUAAAGAAACAGUAGUGAUAUAUUGCACAGGUAUUUUAGUUGCACUUGAGAAAGCAGCCCUCAUAGAUGAAUAUAUGGAUCAUAUUCAUUGAAUUAUAACCUCUUGCUUACGUUCAGUGCCAUGUUCACGUUAACAAUUUCCUUCUGGAAAAAGAAAAAGCACUAAACAGUUACAAUUGAAACAUUUCAAACUGAAAUGUUUUGGUUAUUUGCAGAAAGCUCAUUUUUACAUUCUUUAAAUAUAUUUAUAUAAAUACAUGU